AGUCCAGCAGAACAGGAGCUCACCUGCAUCAUCAUCAAGGAGGAGGCUCCGUCCCGCCGCUCUGUGGCUGAACUCGCAGGACGGUUCCGAGGUUCGACUUGUCCACACGUCGCUGCUGGAAACGAGACGGAGAAGCCGGUGAGACGACGACCUCCUCGCUCGCUACAGCUCCCGAAAACAAACGGAGACGACCAGGAGCCUCCAGGUGUCACCUCGCCUCUACCUGCCCAAACCAAGAGAAACUCUGCUCUGAUUGAGAAGCUUCAGGCCUCCCUCGCUCUCUCUCCCUCUCCCCAGCUGCCCUCACCUAAGAGCCCCGGGUUCAGGCUGCUGCUUCCCGCCUUCCCCCUCCCCUCCCCGGGCUUGACCCCAGAGACCACGGUGACCACAUCGUCCACGCCGACCCCGACCAGCCCGAUCGCCGCCUCUCCAAUAGCUGAAGAGGAAGGCCCCGCCUCCUUUGAGGCCCCUCCCUCUGCAGAGGAGGGGUCUAUCCUGCCCAGCAUCAACAAGAGUCGAGCUCGUCACUCCAUCCGGCGACGCCCUCCAUCCCGUCGCAACAGGAAUUCCAGCAGUGGAGAUGAGGUCGGCGUUGCUAAUGACGUAGCAGACAAAAGUAGAGGAGGAGGAGAAGAGAGGGAGGAAGGAGGAAGAGAAGAGAGGGAGGAAGGAGGAGGAGGAGAGAUGGAGGAAGGAGGAAAAGGAGGAGGAGGAGGGAGGGAGGAAGGAGGAGGAGGUGAAGAGAGGAAGGAAGGAGGAGAGGUUUUCAAGAUAGAAGGUAAAACAGACGCUUCAACAUGUCCUGGGAAAAACCAAACCCACAAAGAAGAUCAGUCAAAGACCAAAGAAGAUGAUGAGGAGGAGGAGGAGGAGGAAGGAAAGAACAGAUCCGUGGGAGGAAGAGGGGAAGGAGACAGAUCUUCAUCAGGAAGAGAGGAGGAGGAGGAAGCUCAGGAGAAAAGCUCAAGAGAAACACACAAAGAAGAUGGAGGAGGAACAAAAAGAGACGGAGAAGAAGAAGAGUGAGGACACAAGUGGUCAGACAUCAGCCCGGUGAGGAUCCCGAUGUUUGGCCGAUGUGGUGCCCCGGGUGAGGCCGACCCCUGUGAACACUUAUCUCUGAUGUGGUGAAGACGACGUGAGGACACUUUGCUCUCGGGAGUGUUGUCUUGUAGAUAAUCAGCGGGGUUCUUUAUGUGAAGGUCCAGCUUCAGUCCAAGAUGAAGAGAAGUCUUCUUCAUCAGCUCGAAGCCUUUUUACUCUGCCAACACAGAUUUGUUCAUUUUUGUAAGAAUGUGAUGUUUUCAGUAUUAUGUUUUCUCACUGUUUGAUGCCAUGAUGAUGACGUAGAUGACGUCGAAAUAAAUUUUCUGGAUGUUUGUGUGAAGCACUGGCGCUGAAAUGGAUUGACUUCAGCUGUCAAUCAUGACGUCUCAACACGUUUCUAUAUUAUCAGACAACUCAUUAAAACCAAACUGUGUUUACUUGUUCACAGAGAGAAAACCUGAAGCCUUAUUCCAAAGUUUCAUGUUUUUACAAACCUCAAAAGGCUUUUAUUUUAAUUUUAUCAGCAGGUAGAAAACUGUAAAUUCUGUGAAAUGUUUUGAAAUGUGUUGUUGUGCCUUAAAUUCUGAAAAGUGAAAUUAAAAUGCAUAUUUUUGCUAAA